UUGUGGGAGCUGUAGUUCGGCGGGGCCGCUCACCCCGCUCGCCGCGGGUGUCCCCCCACCCCGCGAGGCCAUGCCGGGCUUCACCUGCUGCGUACCGGGCUGCUACAACAACUCGCACCGCGACAAGGCGCUGCACUUCUACACCUUCCCCAAGGACGAGGAGCUGCGGCGCCUCUGGCUCAAGAACGUCUCCCGGGCGGGCGUCAGCGGCUGCUUCAGCACCUUCCAGCCCACCACGGGCCACCGCGUCUGCAGCGAGCACUUCCAGGGCGGCCGCAAGUCCUACCUGGUGCGGGUCCCCACCAUCUUCCCGCUGCGCGGCGUCAACGAGCGCAAGGCUCAGCGGGCCCGGCGCCCCCGCCCCGCCGCCGCCGCCGCCGCCGCCCCGCAGGGCCCCGCGGCCGCCGCCGAGGCCCCUGCAGGGGGCGCGGCCGAGGACGUGAAGCCCAUCGACCUGACGGUGCAGGUGGAGCUCGGGGCCGCCGCCACCAUCGGGCCCAGCCCCGUGCGGCUGCCGGUGCCGGUACCGGCGGCGGCGGCGGCGGGGGAGGAGAGCCCGGUGGAGGGCGGCCCCCCCGAUCACUCGUACUCGCUGUCGUCGGGCACCACGUCGGAGGAGCUGCUGAGGAAGCUGAACGAGCAGCGCGACAUCAUCGCGCUGCUGGAGGUGAAGAUGAAGGAGAUGAAGGGCAGCAUCCGUCGCCUGCGUCUGGCUGAGGCCCAGCUCCGCGAGGAGAUCCGCGAGAAGGACCGGCUGCUCCACGCUGCCAGCGCCGGCACCCGCAAGCGCCACGGUCUCUGAGGGCUGCCGAGGCCCGGCCCGGCGCGGGGCUCUUCAUCCCGGAGCCUCCGCCGCCCUCGGCGCGGUGCCGGGCAGGGCAGAGAUGGGAUGGACCGCGGCCCGUCGGUGCCCGGCUCAGCCCACAGCGGCCGCCAGCCGGGCGAGGCCUCGCCGUCGGAUUCCCUUGCCUGGACUGGAUCAGCUCGGUGCCCAGCCCCGCUAUCGCCCCGACGUUAUCUCCGGUGUCACCUCACACCGAGCCCAUCAAACCCGCUGUGUGCGGUGUCAGAACGCGCUGCUCGUAGCGCGGAUGGGACCCGAGUCGUCACUAAGUGGACGUAGGGUAUCGGUUUUCAGCAAAUAAACUCGCUCUGUGUCAAGUGAGGUAACAGCAACACUACCCUGGAGAAGGCGUGUCCGACUGCCGUGGGCACUGUACCCAUCAUAGGAAUGAUCGGUGAUGUCGCGUUCAGCCUCGCUCAGCGAAGGAAAGCUUUAGAAACCCUCUCAGGGUGAUGUGUUUCUUCAGUAAAUUACUGAUGCCAUAAAAGACUGCUGUUCCUAGCGUGACAGAACCCCCAGAUUAAAGAGUGUUCUUGUACCGUGUAGUUUCUGCUUUCUCUGCAGCGUGUGUGUAUUGGUUACGGAUGUCUCUUGACACCAGUAAGGAUUACAGUCUGGUACAAAGAACACGGUGGCAUUUAACAGCUGUAGUUUAUCUCAUUGGCUUAAGACUCCAUCUAAUGAAACGGAGGCUUUGUAACACAUUGGAAUUUUAAUCCUUGGCUUUUGUUCAGAGAACCAGGAUGAAACAGAAAUGACUUUACCUGCAGUGGUUGCAAACAUUUUCUGUCUAAUCCUAAACUAGUUGGCAUGACUAAUAAUCUGUACAUUAGGCAAGACCAUACUAAAACCUGCUUGUGUGUUCUAAACCAAGAUUUAAGAGUAUUGUAACAAAUCUGUGUGGAAUGGUCGUGUAGUUUCUGUUUCUAGCCAGCAUCAGUCCCUUCAUUUUCUGCAACAGGAAACCAAAUCAGCGUUGGCUAGAAAGAGGGUGGAGUGAGGGUAGCAAAACCACGGGUUUGGGUUGGUUAUGCACUUCCAGCCUGGCUGGUGGAACAGAUCCCUCAGCAUUUUGGAGGAGGAGGAGGAGAAGAGGAGUGUCUGGUGCCCCAGCACGGCCUUGUGGCAAUGACGAUGGAUGUUGAGAACAAAAGGCACUUCACCACAGUGUGCCCAUAUUCACCUUCGAGGGAGGAAUUCCCAGGGUGUUCCCUGGGUCUGUGAGAUCCUUCUGGAACCAGAGUGCGUUGCACUCAGUGGAUUGGGAUGUCACUUUUACUAAGUUUUGUAGAGGAAUUUUCUAAAUGUAAAAAGUAUCCUUAGUUUGAAAUGAUGUAAUCUUUGUAACACUGGCUAAUGUAGCUUUACAACCAUCAGCUUCAACACUGUAUACAACCGAACAAAAGGGCACCCUGGGGUUUUGUAGCCGGAGGUUUCUCUAUAGAUCCUGAAGCCAGUUCAGCUCCAGGUUGUCACAGCCUGCUAAUGUGAUGCAUGGGUCAUUUUUAUUAACGUGUGUGCCAAGUGGGAUGGUCAUCUGUAAGGAUACUACAUGUCUAUCCAUGUACUAAGUACUUCCUGUUACUUCAGUUUAAUUUAUUCCCCAAUCUGAUAUGUAGCUCUCCAGCUCUGUGCUAUCCUGAUUUUUCUGCGAGUCGAGUUAGCGGCAAUUUUUUUUUUUCGUUUGGUUGGUUUGGCUUGUUGUUUUUGGUUUGUUUUUGGCUUUUUUUGUAGGACAAGCAGAUACCUGUUCCACCAUGGGAUCUGACGUAUGUGAUUAGUCCAGCAGCUCUAGAUGCUCCCAUCAAGGCAGUAGGCAGCACAACGUCCCUCCUUGCAAGCGAGGCUGGUUGUGCAUCUGAGCGUGUUGAGAACGUGCAUGUCAUGGCAGUCAUGGUACUCUUUCUACCACUGGGAUGCACUUCAGGAUGUUCAGCCAUUCAGCCUUGCUGGACUGGUUACCUGCUGGACUGUUUGACUUCUCCAGGUUACACUGAGGUGCUAACAUGCUUAAUUUUAAUAAAGUAUAUUUUGUUUUCUUAUGUU